AUGGCUGAUGCUAGUCAAAAACGAGCAACAAAACCUUUCCACCGAAACCAAAAACGUGGUGCAGAUACAGAAUCAAAGCCCGGCUCUAAAGCCCCUUCUCACCACAAGGACUCAGGUUUCUUCUCCUAUAUUCUCCCCUCGCACUCCAACACCAUCUUCGCUCACCUGCAUCGCUUUUGGAUGGAAGAACUACUCGUGGACUGCACAUUUCCCCUCCAAGGAAACUCUUUCCGAGCUCACAGACUCGUGCUGGCAGCUUCAAGCCAAACCCCUGCUGCAGUUUUAGGUACUGGAAUGGAAGAAAUGGCAACUUGUUUGACCCCAGUUGGGUUAAGAGCCAUUCUGGAGUUUGCAUAUUGUGGAGACGUGACCAUGGACUUAAGUGAAGACUCUGUAAUGGAGGAGGUGCUGGAUGCUUGUAAGUGUCUGCACAUAGAGAGACUGAGGGAAAGGUGCAUGUCAAAGGUCACGACCUCUCCAACAACACAGAGAGACAAGAGCUUAGCGGUCAUCAAGGACAUGUGGGAGAGAGGAGUAGGGUGUGAUAUCACGAUAAAAGCAGAGACUGGAGAGACACACUCAGCGCACCGUGUGGUGUUGGCAGCAGGCGGGGACUAUUUCCGGGCGCUGCUGUGCGGAGGGUUACGGGAGUCCAGUGAGGAUGUUGUGUGCCUGCGAGGUGUCCCAUCCUGGGUGAUUGAAUCCAUCCUCUGCUUCAUCUACACGGGUCAGCUCAGACUGGGCUGGACCAGGAUUUGGGAGCUUACAGAUGCACUGGUUCAGUUCCAGCUGGAGGGGGCGCUCUCGCUGUGCAUGGACUUCCUGCGGGACAGAAUGGAUGAAGGCUCCUGUCUGGAUGUGCUGGUUCUAGCUGAGACCUAUGGGCUGGUCCAGCUGGGGCAGGCUGCAGAGGAGUAUAUCCUGGCCCAUUUUCAGUCUAUUGCCGCUGGGGAGAAGUUUAAGGAUGUCCCCUGCCUGCUGCUGGAAAGGCUGUUAGAGAAAGACUCAUUGCAUGUAGAGAGUGAGAUCGUUGUCUUCAGGACAGUAGUGAGCUGGGUGGAGGACAACCGUAGAGAGAGACUUCCAUGUCUUCCAAACCUGCUCCUCCGAGUUCGAAUCCCCCUCCUCAGCUACUCUGAGCUCCAGGAGGCCCUCAGCUGCAGCCUCUUACACAGGAGUCCUGGGGCCAAAGGAACACUGGAGGCCUUGCAGAGCCUAAUGGAGGGGAAUUACAGAGGACCUGAAUGCCAACCUCGCACCCCAAACCAGGUCCUGGUUCUGGUGGGUGGGGACACUGUGGAUGAGGACUUCAGGAAGAGGGUUCCCAGUCAGACCUUGUGGUUCGCCCAACAGUUCCACCGAGGGUCUGGUUUAAUUCGAAGCAUCGAGUGGAAGGCUUUUACGAAGAUCCCUGAGCUGCCUCGGCUCAGACACUGUGUCUGCCUCCUCAACAACAAACUGUACGUUCUGGGAGGACGCAGGUACUACGGAGCUCUGGACAUCCUGAAGUCUGCUGUGAGGUUUGACCUGACGCUGUGCAGGUGGGAACAGCUGCCUGACAUGUUGUGUCAAAGGGACUAUUUCUCCGCUGUGUGUCUGGACGGGAAGGUUUUUGUGCUUGGUGGUAACCAUGACGACAGACAAUACCUGGAUGCUGUGGAGUACUACAGUCCUGAGGAGAACACCUGGAGGUCAGCUCAUCCUCUGGACAUAGCUGUCUGUGGUCAUGCUGCAGCUGUACUGGACGGACAGAUCUACAUCUCAGGAGGCUGUGACUCCCAUCGCCGCUGCCUCCCCUCUAUGUGGAACUACCAUCCUACCCGUGGCUGUUUCCCCAGAUCAGCCAUGACCGCAGGAGCCGGACGUGCAGGACAUGUCAUGUUAGCUUCAGGGAAAGGGCUGGUGGUGGCCGGAGGGCUGCAGCCGCUCUGGAUGGGUUUUGGAGACCAGCUCUUCUGUGAGCUGUACGACCCAACACAUGACUCCUGGUCCUCUUUUCCCGCCCUUCCUCGGCCUCAUGUGUCUCCAGGAGCGACUGUGCUGGAUGGACGGUUGUAUGUGGUUGGAGGGUUUUCAGCAAACACGGCGACGGAUUCCAAAUGGGUGCACUGCUAUGAUCCCAAGGAGGAGCGUUGGGAAAAAUUAGGUGCAAUGCCACACCCAUACACUGAUCUGGCAGCUUGUUCCCUGCCGCUCCCCGACCUGCACGAUUUAAAUUAAAAAAGUUUAAUCAAGCUUUUUUUUUUUUGUGGCUUAAAGAAUCUCAUGAAGGAAUUAGCUUAAAGAAAAGCCACACUGUCUAAAAAAAAAAAAUCUGCAUUAAAAAAACUAAAAAGUAAGCAGAAAAUCUGGCAACUAGGGUGCAAG